UAAUCACUCAUGUGGCCAGAGCAGAGAAGCUGCCAGCCUCUUCUCGAAUCAGACUGAGGUCGAGAGAGAGAGUGAGAGAGAGAUAGAGACUGUUUGAAUGUGUCUGGAAACAGCAAUUGUGGACUUCAAAACACAGAUUUGUCAGACUGUUUCCACUUCACACGAACGGACAAAAGGGCACGCUCUGGAAAACCGCAAGUGAAAAUGCCCUCCUGAGACAGACAGAUACGUAAACACACAGGCCUGCUAUCACAGGAGCAUCGGGUCUCUACAACCCUGAGCAUGUGUGGGCAACCUGUACCGGCAUCAUGAUUUCACACUAUCCGCUGGCAUCGCUGCUCCCCUGGCCGCCUGUCCCACACUUUCUGGACCUAGAUGGAGAGGGAGGGGUGGCCCUGCAGAGGUACCAACCACGGUCGCCAGAGAGCAGCCCUCGUUGCUGGAGCUCUGUGCAGGACUGGGGAGAGGAGGUCGAGGAAGGAGCGAUAUACAACGUGACGCUAAAGAGGGUCCAAAUCCAGCAGGCGGCUAACAAAGGCGCAAGAUGGCUGGGGGCGGAGGGUGACCGCUUGCCCCCAGGUCACACAGUCAGCCAGUUGGAGACGUGUAAGAUCAGGAGUAUCCGGGCGGGGACACUGGAGCGCUUGGUAGAGACACUCCUCACAGCGUUUGGUGAUAAUGACCUGACCUACACCAGCAUCUUCCUCUCCACGUAUAGGGCCUUUGCUACUACACAGAGUGUACUGGAGUUGCUGUUGGACAGGUAUGGUUGUUUUGAGGAUUGUGAAGGAGACCGCAAUCAGUGUCGGACUGGUGAGAGCAGAGGCGCUGUGAGAACUGCUUUGGCCUCUAUUCUAAGAGCCUGGUUGGAUCAGUGUCCAGAGGACUUCCAGGAACCUCCAUCAUAUCCGAGCUUGCAUCGUGUGCUGGGUUUCCUGCAGAAGGCCAUGCCAGGCUCAGAGCCAAUGCGCCGGGCUCAGAGUCUGCUAGAACAAUUGCGUGUCCAGGCCAGCCUAGAGAAUGAGACUGAAGGAGGCUUUCAGUACACCAACCCUUUCUGCAUUGGGGAAGAUGAGGAAGUAGAGAUCGAUUUGCAGGAGGACUUCUUCUCCUUCGAGGUUGACCUUGUAGCAGAGCAGCUGACUUAUAUGGAUGCGCUGUUGUUUAAGAAGGUGGUUCCUCAUCACUGUUUGGGUGCUAUCUGGUCUCAGCGAGAUAAAAAGGAUGGCAAACAAAGUGCGCCUACCAUCCGCGCCACCAUCACCCAGUUUAAUGCGGUAACGGCAUGUGUGGUCUGCACCAUCCUCCGUCAGCGACAUAUGCGCCCACAUUUGCGUGCUCGCAUCAUUCAGCGCUGGAUCGACAUUGCACAGGAAUGUCGCAUUCGUAAGAACUUCUCGUCUCUGAGAGCCAUAGUAUCGGCGCUGCAGUCCAACCCCAUCUACAGACUGAAGAGAGUGUGGGCUUCUGUUUCCAAAGAUAGCAUGCAGAUGUUUGAGGAGCUUUCUGAUAUUUUCUCGGACCAGAAUAAUUACCUUACAAGCAGGGAACUGCUAAUGAGGGAGGGCACCUCAAAAUUUGCCAGUCUGGACAGCUGUGCCAAAGAUCACCAGAAAAGAUCCCAAAAGAGACUGCAGUUACAGAAAGACAUGGGUGCCAUGCAGGGGACGAUCCCAUACCUGGGUACAUUUCUCACAGAUCUGACCAUGCUUGAUACAGCACUGCCUGACCAAGUUGAGGGAGGACUGAUUAAUUUUGAAAAGCGGCGCAGAGAGUUUGAAGUGAUCGCUCAGAUUAAGCUCCUGCAGUCUGCGUGCAAUAGUUACUGUCUGACCCCUGAUCCCGCAUUUCUGCGCUGGUUUAAAAGUCAGCCUCAGUACUCAGAAGAGGAGAGCUAUGCGCUGUCUUGUGAAGUUGAAGGAUUGGGAGACAACAGCCCAACGUCACCAAAACCCCGCAAGAGUAUGGUGAAAAGAUUAAGCCUACUCUUCUUAGGAACCGAUGCCACGAACACAAGUUCUCCUGUGAGAGAAAGUCCUCGAUCGCCACCUAUUGGCAGCUCUGGGGAGAGCAUGGACUCGGUCAGUGUGUCUUCCAGUGACUCUAGUCCCUCAGAGAGUGAAGGCAUGACACCCACACACUCUGUAGACACUCAUCUGAAGAAGCUGUCCGAUUCUUCCUCCUGCACCUCAUUGCACUCCAUGGACACGUCCUCUUCUACAGCCAGCACUUCCACAUCUCUGGCCUCCCCGACCCUGUCCGGGCCCCCCUGCAUGCACCGGCGCUCGAUCUCGCUGACGCCCAUGUCCCCAACAUCACCCGGUUUUCCGCCUGCCUAUAACACACAAGCUCAGGAUGCAUGCAUCAUCCGAGUAAGCCUUGAACAAGGAAACGGAAACCUCUACAAGAGUAUCAUGCUGACCAGUCAGGACAAAACUCCAGCGGUGAUCUCUCGAGCAAUGGCCAAACACAACCUGGAGGAUGAGCAGGCUGCCGACUACGAGUUGGUGCAAGUCAUCUCUGAGGAAAGAGAAUUGGUCAUCCCUGACAACGCCAACGUGUUUUACGCCAUGAGCACAUCUGCGAACUUUGACUUCCUGUUGCGUCUGCGUGGUUCCGAGGGGCGGCCGGUUCAGCUGCGCAGCCGCUGCAGCUCCACACUACCGCGCACGCAGCAACGCUCCAGUCUGUCCCUCAGACUCAGCAAGGUCACACUGUGACCCCUGACCUUUUUAUGGACCAAGCUUUGUAAAAAGACUACAGCAGGUGGAGUACUCGAAAAUGGGCUAUUCCAAGGGGAGUUUAUUGACUUCAAAAACAUUUCAGAACUAAUUUUGGCAUCUCACACACAUUCUGCCAUAUGUCAAAUAUUAGCAUGUGCCUCCGCCUCCCCAUCUAGCCCACAAGUAAAGAGACACAUCCCAACCUCCCUAUUGCUGGAUAUUUUGCACACAUGCAGGAAAGCUUCCUGCUCCUCAUCAGUAUUUGCAUAAGAGCACAUCUCUUCCCAGCCAAAUAAGAGGGGAAUGAAAAAAAGCUGUGGGAAGAGAAAUCAAACGACAGCCAUGUUGCCUUGAUCAGCGGUAAUGAUGGAACUCUUGCGUCAGUAUUGAAGAUGAUCUGCAGUAGCUGUGAUGUCGUCGUCAUCGUCGUCAUCAACGUGUCUUUCUCCUGUUCACUUGUGCACUGUGUGGACAAGGUGGACUGCAUCCCUACACUUAAAAUGCUUAGGCUCACUGAGAAUCCAUAGAAUUGCAUUUAAUUUCUAUCUUUAAGGGCAAAAUGGUUGCUUUUAAAUAUUACAACCUUUAGGUAUCUAUAAUGAAACAAGGUUUCCUAAUGCUGCCUUUAUUUGUUUUCUGCUUAUUCUAAGCAUUUUAUCUCUAUUUCUGUGUUUCUCAUAUUGUGAGCUGUGUGACGAAUGCCGAAAAUAAGCAUUCUGAUUGGUUCCUGCUUGGUUUUAUCAAGUCUGUGGUGUUCCCUUUCACGAUUGGAUCCAUGUUGUGUCUUUAA